AUGCGCUCUGGACUUGCUCAUAGGUCCAAGAAGUACACUGGGAUUUGGAGGCCCGGACUCGAUGGUUUGGACCGACUGUAUCUCGUGCCAGAGACUCAUUCACAGAUGGUUCGAACUAGACUUCUUCACUCAUUCUCUCGGAGACUUUUUGAGGAUUCUCGAAAUUAUUCAGUAUUGAAGAAUGUAAUUGGCGGCAGUCACAGGAGCUUCAAUACUGGUGCUUGUAACCCAGUUUGGGUUACGGGAAAUUCCGCUUUUAAAAACGUUAAUAAUCAUCGAAACUGCUUGCUGUUUGGUCUUCUGAAUAGCAAUUUGGGUGCAACGAGGUCAAUCCAUGGCACUGCUUCUAUGUCUGCAAGAGAUUAUUAUGAUAUGCUUGGUGUGAGCAAGAAUGCAACUGCAUCUGAAAUAAAGAAAGCUUACUAUGGGCUAGCAAAGAAGCUCCAUCCGGAUACAAACAAAGAUGACCCUGAAGCUGAAAAGAAGUUUCAAGAAGUUUCAAAGGCAUACGAGGUUUUGAAAGAUGAGGAGAAGCGUGGCAUCUAUGAUCAGGUUGGUCAUGAAGCAUUUGUGCACCAAGAAACUAAUGGUGGUCCAGGGCAUAAUGGUGGUUUUGGGAAUCCGUUCGAGGACAUCUUCAAUAUGGAGAAUAUCUUCAACAUGAAAGAUUUUUUCAGCAACAGAAUGAGUGGCCAAGAUGUCAAGGUUGCAGUUGAGCUAUCUUUCAUGGAAGCUGUACAGGGGUGUUCCAAAACUGUCACAUUUGAAACAGAGUUGCCUUGUGAAGCUUGCGGUGGAGAAGGUGUCCCUCCUGGAGUUAAACCUGAAAAAUGUAGGCGGUGUAAGGGCUCAGGCAUGGAGUUUAUACAAAAUGGCUUUAUUACCAUUAAUCAAACUUGUCGACAGUGUGGUGGAAGGGGUCAAAUUGUAACGAGCUUGUGUAAAGCUUGCAAAGGAACUAGAGUGGUGAAAGGAUCAAAGGCAGUGAAAUUGGAUAUUAUGCCGGGAGUUGACAACAACGAAACUUUAAAGGUCUUCAGAAGCGGUGGAGCAGAUCCUGAUGGAAAUCAACCUGGGGAUCUUUAUGUUACCAUCAAGGUCAGGGAAGAUCCUGUUUUCCGUAGAGAAGGUGCUAACAUUCAUGUAGAUGCUGUUUUGAGUGUCACUCAGGCAAUUUUGGGAGGAACCAUUCAGGUCCCAACUCUAACCGGAGAUGUUGUACUUAAGGUACGCCCUGGCACCCAACCAGGUCAGAAGGUGGUUCUGAAGAGCAAAGGGAUUAAAACAAGAAACUCUUUUGCAUUUGGCGAUCAAUAUGUGCACUACAAUGUCAGCAUUCCAACGAAUCUGACCCAGAGACAACGUCAAUUGAUUGAAGAGUUUGCCAAAGAAGAGCAAGGUGAAUACGAUAGGCAUGCUGCUGCUGGAGCAUCCAGAUGAAAGACCAAUCCAAUCGAUCAAAUUCUUUGGGUGUCAUUUUAGUCCAGUUUUGUGGAACAAAAAGGAAUAGGAGGAAAAGCAAAGUAACCUCUUGAGUAAUCCACCUGCUUUGAAAGUUUUAUAGGAGAAAUUUUGAGUUGGAUUUGACCUAUUUUUUAUUUGUAACGCAUGUAAUAUUUAUUCCCAAAACAGAUAAUAUAAAUUUUUUGAGUCCCAACACUAGAUCAGUUUGCACCCAGUGGGCUUUUGUACAUAAUUUAUAAAUGUAGUACUGAAAACCUGAAGGGCAAGGGAAUAAUUUAGUCUUAAACUGUAUUUGGUCA